ACCGGAAGAAGCGGCGAGAGAGGUGGGGAGGGGGGGGUCCCGCUGGAGACGGGACGUCCGGGGGGGGCGGAGACCCCGGGACCGCGACCCGUCCGCGGACACCUCUGUACCCGGGAGGAGUGGCGUCAGACUGGGGUUACUCCCCACCACUGUGGUGAAGUUAGCACCGUCCGGGAACCAUGGCGACCAAGGCAGAGGACGUGUUCUCCCUCACCAAGGAGGAGGAGGCGACCGGGGUAACAGGCAGGAUCUACAUCCCCAAGAUCAUCUCGCAGGGCCCAGCCAAGGAGUGGAUCGAAAAGCGCCGGCUGACCAUCCGCCCCUGGGCCAACUUCAUCGACCAGAAGCGCUUCUCGAGGCCCAAGAACCUGGGCGAGAUGUGCAAGCGGCUGGUGAGGAACGUGGAGUACUUCCAGAGUAACUACGUCUUCGUCUUCCUGGGCCUCAUCGUCUACUGCGUGGUCACCUCGCCGAUGCUGCUCGUCGCCCUGGCUGUGUUCUUUGGCGCCUGUUACAUCGUCCACCUGCGGGCCUCCCAGUCCAGGCUAGUCCUCUUCGGCCGUGAGCUGAGCCCCGCCCACCAGUACGGGCUGUCCGCAGCCGUGGCCUUCCCCUUUUUCUGGCUGGCUGGAGCUGGCUCUGCCGUCUUCUGGGUGCUGGGUGCCACCCUGGUGACGAUCGGGGGCCACGCCAGCUUCCACGAGCUGGAGUCCGGAGACGGGGAUGAGCUGCAAAUGGAGUCGGUGUGAGAGUCGGGGGAUGUCUCGGGAUGGGAGUCCGGCGCUGCCGCCCCCUCCUCCCGCCGCCCCGUCCCGCCAUCUCCCCCUCUCCGCUCUCGGCAGCUCAGAAUCGCAGCUCCCGCCCUUGUGCGGUCGGCGGGGAGCGCAGUUUCCUGAAGGAAGAGAUUUAUCUAUGGAUUAACGUUCAUCAGAAUAUUUACACGGAUCUCGCACUGAAGCUCGACCUUGUCCGGGGAUACCCUGCGGACCCACCGCUCCCCGGAAUGUCCCCAGGGAGCUGGUGGAUGCCUCGCGCUGCCGGGACCACCCACCCCCGGGUGCAGAUGUAUCCCUGCGGUUGCCUCGGGCGGGGAUGGUGUGCCUUCGGGGUGCCGGUUUGUGUCUCAUUCCACCACCUCUCCCACCCACCCCCCCACACCACCAAUGUCACUUGACCGGGUCCACAGGCCGUGGGACGGGCCCACUGUCGGUGCUCUGUCCCUGGGCUGUCUGGUCUUUGUGGGCGGUGGUGGGGAGUGGGGGCGGGUACGGUCUGGUGAGCAGCCCCCGUCUGGAAGCUGCUCGGAGAAUCCCCUUGCCCCCCAACGUCCCCUCCCUCUCCCCCUUCCCGUGUGCCCGCCCUCCCCCCCACACUCUCUUCCCCUCCUCCCCGCGCCCCCUCUCCCCCUCCCCCCUUGCACCCCAUCCCCUCUUCCCUGCGACCCCCAUCCCCUCCCCCUCAGCCCCAAGUGGCACUGCUCAGAGCCCCUCCUCCUCUCCCACCUUCUGCCUCAAGAUUCACACACCCUUCCCCAUUUCUCUUGCACCUGCGACCCCUCCCCCCCCAUCCCCCCACCCAUUAGCCGGUUACUACCCAGACACCGUGGAGUUUACCCGCCAGACGUUUCACUGUAUCAGUACGUGAAUAAACUUGUUUACAAAGA